AAAUGCCAAGCAACUUCCGUUGCAAAAGCAUCUCACCCAGUUUGUCAAAGAAGCGCUGCACCAAAAAAUCCUCAUAACUCGUCACUUCCAUUUGAAUCAAAGCAGUUCCUUGCUGCUUCUAACUACAGCUAAAACCUUCCACUGCAAAAGAGUAUUCUUAUCUGAAGACUGUACCCAAGGAACAAGAAGAAUGGCUGAUGCACUUAUAGCUGCCACAAUAGAGGUAGCAUUGGAGAAGACACUUUCCCUUGCCAAUGAAAGGAUUGGCAACUUAUUCCAAUUCAAGGAGGAUUUGGAGACCCUGAAAGGAUCUGUUGCCAUGAUCCAAGCUGUCUUGGCUGAUGCUGAGGAAAAGCAAACGCAUGACCAGGCCGUGCAACUGUGGCUCCAGAGGCUAGAAGCCGUGGUGUUUGAUGCCGAGAAUUUGUUGGACGAGCUGAAUUAUGAAGCUCUUCGUCGCCAACUUGUGGGCAAGGUGCGCUCCUUCAUCCUCUCCUCUGACAUUAAUAUUGUUUUCCGACGGAGAAUGGCCUCUAAGAUCAGGGACAUCAACAAGAAGUUGUAUAAGAUCAAUAAAGAAGCCAAUGAUUUUGGACUGAUCAGAUUCCAAAGAGCAAGUUUCCCCCCUUCUACUACUGCUAAAGUCACACUAAAUAGAGAGACGGAUUCUAUUGCUGGCCAUUAUAUUGUAGGAAGAGCUAAGGAUGAAACAAGGCUGGUGGAGACCUUGCUAAGCUUGUCAGAAAAAGCCGUUUCUGUAAUUCCCAUCCUUGGGAUGGGCGGAUUGGGAAAGACUACUUUAGCUCAAUCUGUAUACAAAAAUAGUCACGUUCAUAGCCAUUUUGAGAAAAAAAUUUGGGUUUGUGUGUCCGACAACUUUGACGUGACCAGGCUUUUGAAAAUGAUUUUAGAAUCACUCACGAGAAGAAAUGUUGAAAUGACCAGUAGGGAUGUCAUCGUCCAGGAAAUUCGAGAACAACUUGUGGGAAAAAAAAUUUUUCUUGUUCUUGAUGAUGUCUGGACCGAAAAUCUUACCUUGUGGGAUGAUUUUUUUGGUUCAUUACUGGGACUAAAUGCAACUAAUGGAAAUUGGUGUGUUGUGACUACUCGUAAACAACAAACUGCAUCCAUUGUGGCCACACAUGAUCCUUAUGUGCUAGGAAAGCUAUCUGAUGAUGAUUGUUGGUCUAUCCUAACAAAGAAAGCCAUUGCAGGUGGAGAAAUUCCCAAACAAUUGCAUGUCAUGAAAAAGGAAAUUGUAAAAAAAUGUGGUGGUCUACCACUGGCUGCAAGUGUAAUGGGAGGUUUAUUGCGUAUGAAGAGAAAAGAGGAGUGGCAAUUGGUUUUGAAGAAUAAGCUUUCAAAUUUCAGUGGAGAUGAAGAUGGUGUCAUGGAAAUACUUAAAUUGAGUUUUGAUUGUUUACCAUCUCCAUCCAUUAAGAAAUGUUUUGCAUAUUGUUCUAUAUUUCCUAAGGAUACUAUGAUGAAAGGAGAUAUGCUAAUCGAACUUUGGAUGGCAGAAGGUUUGCUCCAAGCAGAUGUCAACAACCAAAUAAUGAUGGAGGAAAUUGGAAUGAAUUGUCUGAGAAUUUUAUUACAGAGUUCGUUGUUUGAAGAAACCAAAAGUUAUCAGGAAACACAUUAUUAUAAGAUGCAUGAUCUAGUGCACGACCUCGCAGAGUCAAUGUCAAAGUCUACUAAAGUUAUUAACAAUAUUCGUUACCUUGCAGUAGAUUUAUCUGGUGGCAGAGAAGACAGAGAAAAACUUUUGGAGAGGCUAUCAACUUCGCUUCGUACAUUGUUUGUAAAGGGUGACCUAUCUGGUGAUAUGUUAAUGAAGUUGAAGAACUUGUAUGUUUUGAAUUUGUCUCAUGCAACGACUCAAGAGCUACCGAUCACUAUUGGCAAAUUGACACAUUUGCGAUAUGUUAACCUUUCUAGUUCUAGAAUUCGUAUUUUGCCAGACUCCCUUUGCAAGCUUUAUAAUUUGCAGACAUUGGCACUAGAUGGCAUGUAUGUCAAAGAUCUUCCGAAGGGGAUGUGCAAUUUGAUUAGCUUGAGACAUCUCUACUUUUACACCUUUGAUGAAAAAUUUCAAAUGCCACUAGAGAUGGGACGACUAUCUUGCCUUCAGACACUAGAGUUCUUUAAUGUGGGUCGAGAAAAGGGUCGACAAAUUGAAGAGCUUGGAUGCUUGAAAAACCUCAAAGGCAGUUUAAGUGUACGCAAUCUUCAACUAGUAAAGGAUAGGAAAGCAGCUGAGGAAGCAAAUCUAUUUGGAAAGGCAAAUCUAUUUAGGCUGGUACUUGUGUGGGCCUUGGCUUGGGAUCGAGAAGGUGACAACUACAACUACGACAAAGAUGUGUUAGAUGGCCUUAGGCCUCAUCCAAAUUUGGAGGAGUUGGUAAUUCAGCGUUUUAUGGGUGAUCAAUUUCCUCGAUGGUCAAUGGAUUUGCCAAUAACACUUCCCAAGUUAGUGCGUUUGGAGUUUUAUUAUUGCCACAGAUGCAGAGAACUCAUUCCUUUGCAAAACUUUACGUCUCUUAAAGAGCUGGUGAUUUGGUUUUGCCGUGGAUUAACGAAUCUACCCAGUGACAUGCUACAGUCUUGUAUCUCUCUCCAAAAGCUUCAGGUGGCUUAUUGCGACAAGCUUAUCUCCUUUCCGCUUGAUUUGCAACAAACGCCUUCUCUUUUGGAGUUAGAAUUAUACGCGUGUCCCAAACUGAAAACAAGUAUGACGCCCAAAGGAUUUGGUUUCCUAACCAGCUUAAAUCGUCUUGAAAUUGGUCCCUUCUCAGAUGAUGAUGACCACGAAAAUUCUUCAAUUUACAAUGAAUUUGAUUGGUCUGGAUUGAUAUCCUUCUCCUCUUUGUCAUCCAUACUAUGUGACCUAGAAUUAUUUGGUUUGCUACACAUGGAGUCCCUACCACAUCAAAUCCAAUACUUGACCACUCUCACGUCACUUCGGCUACAUGACUUUGGAGGUAUAAAAGCUCUGCCAGAUUGGUUCAGAAACUUUGCUGCUCUUGAAUACCUAUGUUUAUUUGGUUUCAAAGAGCUUCGACAUUUACCCUCUGAGGAUGCCAUGAGAAGUCUCACCAAACUAAAAGUUCUACUAGUUUAUGGUUCUCCUCUGUUAAAAGAAAGGUGCACUCCUGAGAGCAGCAGCCUCGACUCCCAGUGGUCCAAAAUUUCUCAUAUUCAACUCCUAUUAAUAAGCGAUUAACAGUUCAUCUUCAGAUCAAAUUCAAUCAUUUUUCAUAGAUGGUUGUAGAUUCGUCGAUGGCUCGUGAUUCAAGAUUGAGCUGGAUCUCAGCCAUUGAAUUGGGGAGUAACUUGUUUUUACUUUUUUUUCUUUGCUUUCCCUACACAUUGAGGAAAAUGUGUAUGUUAAGUGUGGGGAGGAAAUGCUGUUAAGUAGGAGUUACUUUGGUGCUUAUAUGGUAAAUGCUUGGAUAUGAUAUUAGAAAUUUGCCUUGUGCUUAAAAUUGUUGUUUUUUUGGGUUUGCUGACAGAAAGUUUCAUCCAGUUUUAAAGGGAAACUCUAUCAAAAUUUUUUCAAAAUCUUGUCCAAAUUUCAAAAUUUGCCCCAAGUCUUUCAUAAAUUGUUCAUUUGAAUCCACAAGUGGAUGAAGUUCAUGUCCCUUUUGUUUCAAAAUUCUCCUAUACAAGUGAGAUGAUUUUAGUAAUUGGACAAUUCAAUUCUCACUUGAUUUGGAAGCAAUUAUCAUAUGACUAGAAUUAUUGCAUGUGAGAAAGUAUAUCUUGUAAAAUAGAGAAAAUUAUGCCUACAUUUUGCAUAGUAAAUAAAAUCUCUCAUCUUACUUAUUUUUAAAGUAAUUGAUUUAUAUAGUUGCUAGAAUAUUUUUCUUCCAAAUGUGACCUUAUUGAGGAAUUUUAUGUUAAAAAAAAUUCAAUAAAUUCUUGUACUGAGUAACCCAGAGUUUUCAUCUACAUAUAUCAACUUUUGCAUCCAAAGAUAUUGGAAUUGGGAGUAAUAAGUGAAGUGUUGAGUAACUGGAGAUUUUUAUCUAAAAAUGUCAAUCUUCACAUCAAAAGGCAUUUUCACAAUUUUAAGAGUAAAUAAAAGAAAAAAGAAAGUGAAUAGUUCCCUCUUAAGUUUGUGAAGCUAAACAUCUCAUUUAGAAGGAAGAAAAUCUCCAAGGUAACUAUAUAUGUUAGUUAUUUGUGAAAUUAGGUAAGAUAGAGAGAUUAAAUUUGUUUGGUUGAAUUUUGGGUGUAAUUAUCUCUCUUUUACAUGAUAUGAUGAGUAUUACAGGUAAUAGGAAAAAAAUUGCAUAAUCAAAGCUUGCCAAAGUUAAGAGAGAUUGAGUUUCAAGUUCACUUGAUUCAUUUCACUUCUUAAAUUAUUGCUGGUUUGUAUUUCUUAUUACUCGAGGACAAGCAAUGAUUUAAGAGUGGGGGAAUUAUAUGAAAAAAGCUAAAAAGUUCCCGUGGUUAUUCUUCACAAUUUUCUCUUCUUCCUUUUUCUCAUCCUAUUUAUUAUCUUUCAAAGCUGCGGCAUUAGCAUUUCUUGUCAAGUUCAAAAUACCGUGCUUCUCAUUUACUCCUAACAACAUAAUACUCUUGUAACCGUCGAUUAACAUGAAACCAAGCACCUAUCCUGUUCUGUGCUUUGAUGUAUUACUAUAACUCUGUUAAUAUUCUGUUCCACACUUUGUUUUUGUAGGAUUGACAGAACAAUAGCUUCACGAAAUUAUCUAAAUUGUUUUGUUAGAUCUCUUGUUUACUACAUAAUGUCUGAGCUUGAAUUUUCUAUUUUGCAGUGAUCUUAGGCUCAAGGUUUAAGUGGAUAUAUCCAUUGGCCAUUAAUUACUCAUUGAAUUGCAAGGCCAGUAGCUUGGACAAAAAUAUUUAUGAUGGCAAUUUUUCUUUCGUAUCGGUGCCUUAUAUAGCCAACACUUGAUAUCCUUGUUGUCGGAGCUUGCACAUUGUCUAUCUGCCUUUUCAGUCACGAGGUCCAGCAAAAGUUUUCUGUCUGUGUUUUGAUUGCUUAAUGACUGUCAGCUGGCCUGUACAAUCUACUGGGAAAAAAUUUCUUGCCCCAGCUUAUCAGAUGUUUUUGAAGAGCCAUCAUUACCAGGACUUUUUGAUGAUCUUUAUUGGCAGUUUGAUGACCAUUACUAGAGAAAUAGAUUGACCAUUAAGAGGUUUUGCAAACUUUCGAGUGUUAUCGCAAGGUUAGCAUAUCCAUGAAGACAAUGGUCAAUCAAGGGGUUUUCGCAUCAUCGCUUUGGUGUUUUGGUUCAAAUUUCUGAUAUUGCCGAGGUAGCCGAGGACGAUGUACUGUUCAUGCAAUGAAGUUGCACAAAACUUGGUACUUGGUGGAGUAUCUUCCAACAUGGUCAAGUUUAAGCAGGAUGUUUUGAAGCCUUUCAAAAGCUAGUCAAGUCUACUUGUUGCAACUUGCUGCUCUUAGUGAAUCCACCUUGAACUGUCCAAAUGAUUCAGCAAUUUGUAGUCACAAUAAUGAGGGGCUGAUUUACUUGUAACUGAAUUAGCUAUCUCUGGCAUACUGCUCGUCGUUAGAAAUUAGAACUAGCUGGUGUUUUGGUUGCAGUUAUAUGCGGAUUUUGCUGUGACUUAAUGGCUCAUUUUCUGAGUUCCACCACAUAGAGCUUGUAUUGGCAAAACAGAUUGACCAUGAGAAGCUUACAAAUUUUUAGGAAGUACCCUCAGGUUUACAAUUUUUUUAAAAAAAAUGGAUAAAUAGAUGUGUUCAGUAUCAA